AUAUUACUCCCUCUUCCCUAACUUAUGUGGCACCAUUUGACAAAAACAAAUUGGAACCAACACUAGUUUUACUGUUUUUGCUUUGAAGUUUGAAGCAGCAGUCGGAUUGAGGAGGUAUGUUUAUAUCCAUAUUGUGGUUCUGCAGACUUUCAAGAGCCACUUUUUUGUCUUAUCCAAGAUAUUCUUAUUCUUCUUGGAAUUUUACUUUUUUAUACUCCCUCCGAUGUUGACUUGGCACAAACCUUAAGAGAACUUUUAUUAGAGAUGUAUUUUACUAAACUAACUUUAUUAAUGAUGUCUUGGAACUCUAAAUUCGGCUACUACUACUUUAUGUUAAUACUAAGGCUAACUACUUCAUGUUAAUAGGAAGGGUAGUAUGUGAAAAGAGUAACAUAACUCUCUUGAUCUGCUAAAAUGGACCAAUAAAAAGAAAAAAAUCUAUUUUCCGAACAGGGGCCAAGUGAAAUGAAGUGAGCAUAUGGUGUUAAAGCAUUGAAUUUUUCUAGGUGAAGUUGCCUUUUAUGGUAUGUUAUGUCAUCUAUGUGCAUUUUCUACUAUAUAGGACAAGUCACUUUCUUUUGAUGUAAUAUUGGUUGGUCCCCUCUAAAUUCUAAGGAGUUCAAAUAUGGGAGCAAAUGACCUUCCUUUUUGACAGUUCAAAGUGCAAACCUGUUAUGCUCACUAUCGCAUUAUUUCUGAGUACACAAGAUUGGAUUUGCCUUCAACCGCUUUUGCCUUACCCUAAUGUUGCUCGAAACUUUAAGUGGUGCCUUCAGGAAUCAAUUCUUAUUUAAGUGGUGCAAAAGCUUUGAGCUUCCCACCACAUUGCUUCUGCCAUCUUCCAUUCCCUCUUAGGCUCAAAUAAUGUCUCUCAAAUUCUUCAAAUCCCUGUUUGAUUCUUUCCCAUGGCCAUGGCAAGAACCCAAUAUUGAGCAAAAUGGUGUAUUUUUCUCCUGUUUUCUUGGUGUUAUAGCUUUACUAUGGUUUCUUUGGCUUUUCAUUAAUAAGUCAAAAAAGGGACUACCCCCAUUGCCACCGGGGCCUAAAGCUUUGCCUUUGAUAGGCAAUCUCCUUUCUCUUAAUCCUGAACUACACACCUAUUUGGCUUCUCUUUCUCAAACUUACGGCCCCAUUUGUAGACUCUGGCUCGGUAAGAAGUUUGUGGUUAUUAUUACUUCUCCUUCCUUAGCUCGUGAGGUGCUUAAGGAUCAACAUACCAUUUUUUCUAACAGAGAUAUGCCUGCUACUGCUAGUGAAGCUUCAUAUGGUGGCCAAGACAUAGUUUGGAUUCCUUAUGGACCGAAAUGGCGCAUGUUGAGGAAGGUUUGUGUUCGUGAUAUGCUUAGUGCUUCUACUUUAGAUUCUGUUUAUGGACUAAGGAGACGGGAGCUAAGACAAUCGAUCAAUUACUUUUAUAAUCAGGCGGGAUCGCCUGUGAAUAUUGGUGAACAGAUGUUCUUGACAAUGCUUAAUGUGAUUACAAGCAUGUUAUGGGGUGGCACAGUGAAGGGUGAGGAAAAAGCUAGUCUUGGAGCUGAGUUUAGGCAUGCUGUCUCUGAUUUGACUAUGCUGGUUAGCAUUCCCAAUCUUUCCGAUUUUUACCCCAGAUUGGCCUGGUUUGAUUUGCAGGGUCUUAGAAAGAAGAUGAAGGUGUUGGCAAAUAGAUUUGAUAAGAUAUUUGAGAGCAUGAUUGAUCAAAGACAAAAACUGGAUAGAAAUGAAGGGAUGGGAACUGGUAUUGGGCUUGGAAGCAAGGACUUUUUGCAAGUUUUGCUGAAGUUGAAAGAUGAAACAGAUGCCAAAAUGCCUCUAUCUAUGACUGAACUCAAAGCAUUACUUAUGGAUAUGGUUGUCGCUGGAACUGACACAACCUCCAACACUGUUGAGUUUGCCAUGGCUGAAAUUAUGAACAAACCAGACGUGCUGAGGAAAUUACAGCAAGAACUAGAGAUAGUUGUGGGAAAAGAUAAUAUUGUGGAAGAGUCUCAUAUUCGACAAUUACCAUAUCUUUAUGCAGUUAUGAAAGAAGUCUUGCGAAUACAUCCAAUUCUUCCACUCUUGGUGUCACGUUGUCCUAGUGAAACAUGCAUUGUGGGAGGAUACACUGUUCCUAAAGGAUCUAGUGUUCUUGUAAAUGUAUGGGCUAUACAGAGAGAUCCUUCUAUUUGGGAAAAUCCAUCUGAGUUCCAUCCGGAAAGAUUUGUGGACAGUAAAUGGGAUUAUAGUGGAAAAGAUUUCAACUAUUUGCCAUUUGGUUCAGGAAGAAGAAUGUGUGCCGGGACAGCCAUGGCAGAGAGGAUGUUCAUGUAUUCACUGGCUUCACUCAUUCAUUCUUUCGAUUGGAAGUUGCUCGAAGGAGAGACAUUAGACCUUUCAGAGAAGUUUGGUGCUAUUAUGAAGAAGAAAAGGCCUCUGGUGGCUGUACCUAUUCCAAGAUUAUCUAAUCCAACACUAUAUGAGUAAGAUAAAAGAUGUUGCUCUACCCUAGCAAUUGUCUUAUGAACAACUCAAAGUCCAGCUGUUUCAUGUGAAAAGGCUAAUAUCCAUGACUACUUAAAUACCGUAUACUGAUACGAAUUUUAAUUAAUAGUACAAGUAUUAAUGCAAUGAACCAAAUUGUAACAGAUAUCAAUGCUGCAGUAAUUAUUAUGCUUCACAAUAAAUCUUUAUAUUUUAA